GUUUAUGUACUAACGUUAAGAAAAUACACGCUCCUUCUAGGACGGUGCAUCGACGACGUGCAUCGAUGCUGUAACCCUCACAGUCCAUUAGAGAAUAAACACGUGGAAUUACAAAAUGACAGGUAUGUGAUAUUAGUACCGACUACUAAGAUUUGAAGUAGCAAUACAAAACACACUGUAAUGAAUCUAAUCUACUAUGUUGUUAAUGACUUAACGUGCAAUCAAUUUAAUAGUACUAUUACCAAUAUAUGUGGUUGUUGUUUCAUAUAAAUAAAACUCCUCAACCAAGUAAUUUGUCAUUGUCUCAUAAUUCUCUACUUUACUUUUGUUACUACUGUUAAGUUCACAAGAAUAAAGAAAGAAUCAGAUAUUUUUAGGAACCAAAUCUGAAUCACACAGGAAAAAAUGGGUGCUCUAGAUCACAUUUCUGAACUAUUCGACUGUUCCAGCGGCAGUUCUCAUCACAAAAGACGCAAACAAUUACAGACGGUGGAGGUGAAAGUGAAGAUGGACUGCGAAGGAUGUGAGAGAAAAGUUAGAAGGUCGGUGGAAGGAAUGAAAGGGGUGAACCAAGUUGAUAUAGAACGGAAAGCAAACAAAGUAACGGUUGUUGGUUAUGUGGAACCAAACAAAGUGGUGGCGCGUAUAGCUCACCGCACUGGGAAGAGAGCUGAGAUAUGGCCGUAUGUUCCAUACGACGUCGUUGAACACCCGUACGCGCAAGGUACGUAUGAUAAGAAAGCACCUGCUGGUUAUGUCAGAAACAACUACGAUGAUAAUCAGUAUUCUGGAUCUCAUCUAGCGCGUGCUAGUUCGACUGAGGUUCGAUACACCACCGCUUUCAGCGACGAGAACCCCGCCGCAUGUGCUGUUAUGUGAUGCGAUGACGUCACUUUCCGUUACCGGCUUUGUUUGUUAUACUAGUAGUAUUGUAGUGGCUGUGUUGUGUGUUUAUUGAGUUUUUGUAAAUUUAUUCGUAUGGCUUUUUGAGAAUCAGUUUUUGGAAUAAUCGAUUUUUUCGAUUAAA